CUUGAUUUAUUCUUUUCUCCUUCCUGUUUUGUUCUGAGGAGCAGAGGAAGAAUCUGUUCACCCAAGAUGAUUAAAUUACAUGAGGCCAAGAUGCUUCACAUUCUAUACCAAUCCCUUACUAAAAGCAUCCCAGAAGCCCUGAAGGUAUUUGGCUCCAUUUUUCACAUCAAUCAUGGAAACCCCUUCAACUUGGAGGUGCUAGUGGACUCCUGGCCAGACUAUCAGACUGUUAUCACCAGACCUCAGAAACAGGAGAUGACUGAUGACAAGGAUUACUACACAAACACGUACCACAUCUUCUCCAAGGACUUUCAGAAAUUGACAGAGAUCCUAGGAUCUGAUCAUGUCAUCAACUGGAAACAGAGCCUCACGAUCCAAGGUUGCCAAAAUGGUUUGAAUGAAAAGAUCAGCGAAGUUGUGGCUUUCAAGCCAGUGCAUGUGGAUUACUCUAAGAGGGUUCUCUACAUGAUAGAUGAUGUCCUGAAAUAUUGUACCUUCAACACAAGCAAGCUGAGUAUAUCAUGCAAAGUCAAGAGUUCAGAAAAUGUGAUGUUCAGAAGAGAACCUCUUUGGGAAAAAAACAAAAGAUCAAGUAGUGUUUUCCUUUGCAGCACAAAUGAGAACCUCAGACUUUCCCUGUUGGAUAUUUCCCAUGCUAAACUUGUGAAUGACAACUGGAAAUAUGGGCAGAAUGAGAGGAGCUUAAGAUAUAUCAAACACUGUCUCCAAAGCUUCCCCGGAUAUUGUCUGCUCAAUCCAGAAGGGAAUCCUGUCUCUUGGCUUAUAAAGGAACAAACUGGUGAACUGAGAAUGGGUUAUACCCUGCCUGAAUAUCGAAAGAACGGCUUUGCCAAGUGGCUUAUGGCCACUUUUGUGCAACAUCUUCAGAAGAAUGAUGUGCCAUUUUAUGCCCAUGUGGAGGAGAUGAAUGAGCAAGGCCAUAAUUUAGUAAAGUCAGUUGGUUUCCAUGUUGUUGAUUGUAACUGGCAUGAAUGGAAAUGUGUACCAACUGAACAGCUUUAAUUGCCACUUUUCCAAUCCAAUGAGCCUAAUUCCUGAGCUCUAUUCUCAACUCUUGGAAUGGUCUCUGGAGAGAGAUAUCACCCAUCAGUGUCACUAACAAUCAUUUAGAGGCCAAUAACAAUCAUUUAGAGGCCAAUUUGUUCCCUAUUGUAUAAUUGAAAAUCUGCUACCCUAAAAAAGAACUAGAUUUCCCAGGAGUCCACUGACUUCCUGUCAUUAUGUACUUCCUGUAAACAGAGGAUAUUAGACUGGGAUGUGGAAGGUCUUGGCCUCUUUGUCUGGAUGAUGGAGAGCUUGGUGGCGGUAAGGCAGGUGAUUUGAACUGACUGAUCAGACAUGGGCACAUGAUUUUUAUUUUGUAUCCCUUUUAUUCUUUUAUUUCUAAU